AUGAAAGUGUUUGUUACAGGUGCAUCAGGCUUUGUUGGUACAACAGUCGUUCCGGAGUUGUUAAAGUCCGGGCAUCAAGUAGCAGCAUUGGCCCGCUCAGAUGAGGCUGAACAAAAGAUCAAGAAACUGGGCUCUGAUAUAGAGGUUGUUAGAGGUGGCCUCAAGGAUUUGGACAUUUUGAAAAAAACGGCAGCCGGAUCUGACGGUGUGAUCCAUUUAGGCUUCAUCCAUGAUUUUAGCAAAUACGAAGAAAGCUGUUUGAUUGACCGGGAAGCCACAAUCACGAUGCUGGAUGCUAUUAAGGGCACCAAUAAGCCCUACGUUCAGACUACAGGAACGCUAAUGUUCCAACCAGGGACUCUGGCUACUGAGACCGGUGACAAAUCCACUAGUGGAUUGGGCACUCUGCGUUCACAAACCGAGGAUAUUGUGGUGAGCUACAAGGACAAGGGUGUUCGUGCACUUGUCGUUAGGUUGGCCCCAACGGUCCAUGGCAAAGGCGAUCCAAAUUUCGUAAAUAUGUUGAUCAACACUGCCAAAAAGCACGAGAAGUCCGGUUACAUCGGAGACGGAGCUAAUCAGUGGCCUGCAGUGUCCCGCUGGGACGCUGGCCGUCUAUUCAGGCUAGUGUUGGAAAAAGGACGCGUGGGAGCAGUCUAUCACGCAGUGGGCGAACAAGGUGUGAAAACGAAAGAUAUUGCUGGAGCCAUUGGCCAGCUUUUGAAAGUUCCAGUGGUUUCAAUUGAACCCGCAAACGCACCUGAACAUUUUGGUUUCCUUGCCACGUUUUUUGGUCUCGACUCACCGGCCUCCAGCAAGCUCACCCGCGAGGAACUUGGGUGGGAGCCAAAGGAAAUUAAUCUGGUAGAUGACAUUGUCAAAAAUUAUGUAGUCUAG